AUGAAUGAAAGUGAUAGUAAUAGUGAAAUACAAAGUGGCAAAAAUAUUUAUACAAAUGCAACAAAUAUUCCAUCACUAUUAUCCGGUAUUACUGAUAGUGGCGUUAUCAGUAAUAAACGACGUGGUAAACAAUUCCGUCAACGACAUGACACGCAACAUGAACGAAAGAAUCAACAGCAUUCAACAAUACUUCAAACACGUAUUUUAAGUGGUUUACGAGUUUUAGUUGGACGUCAACGAAGUGAAUCAAUGGGUAGUAAUGAAAAGCAAAAAGUACCAUGGCCACCUAUAAAUAAACCAUUACGACGUGUUCAGAUUGAAUGUUGUCCAGUGGAAUCAGUCUAUGAUUUACGUGAUGAUAACGAAUCAUACGAUCUUUACGAUGAUGCAAGAGCAUUUCGCCGGCCACGAUCAAAUAGCACUGAUUUUUUAAUUUUACGGAAAACUUCACGUCCGGUAUCAGUAGAUGUCAUUGGCCUUUUAGAUAAUAAUUUAGACCCAUAUAAGCAAUAUAUGAAAGUGGUAGAUUGUUAUGAAUUAGCACCACAUGCUGGUAGAGUUAUUCUUGUGGAUAGUAAAGUAAAGUUACAAAAAGCUUUCAAAGUGUUAAUCGAAUGGGGCGUUGGUUCAGUUGUUGUUUGGUGUAGUAAACGUGAAAGUGUUAUUGCGUUACUUACGCUUACUGAUUUUCUUAUUUCACUUUUAUCGCAAACAAGCGAAGAAUCAACAACCGUUGAAGAAGCUAUUUCAGCUAAUCAAUUAGUUUGGCUUGAUGGUUCAUGCAAAUUGUUAGAAGCAUGUCAUGAAUUUUGCUCUAAUCGUAUUCAUCGAAUAGUAAUCUAUCCAGAUCAAACUGGUGAUGUACUCUAUUUACUUACUAUUAAACGAAUUUUACAGGCAGUUCAUAAACAGAAUCGUUCAUUACAUUUUGCAUCUUGGCUUGAUUGGGAUAUUAAAAAAUCAAACAUUGGAACAUGGAAAAAUUUGCAUACGGUUUCUGAAAAUGAUAAUCUGGAAAUGGUUGCUCGAAAAAUGCUCGAUUAUCGUAUCUCUAGUUUACCGAUUAUUGAUGAUGAAAAUCGUCCAGUGGAUGUAAUAUGCAAAACAGAUAUCGCUUAUGCUCUUGCUGAUGCUAAAAGUUUUAAAGAGCAAUCCAAAAAAUUAACAACAAUUGAAGCAAUUAAAAAUCGUCAACCAAUGAUAUUUUUAUCAGAAACUGAUACAGUUAAUCAUAUUCUUGAUUUUGCUCUUAGUCGUAAAGAUUGUCGUUGUGUUUUUGUUAUAAAUCCAAAAAGUGGUAAAUUAACUGGUGCAAUAUCAUUAUCUGAUUUUAUCUCACAUAUUUUAUAUACUAAUUUAUCAUCAACUCUUACUAGUAAUACUAAUAAUAUUAAUACUACUACUGCUAUUGCUAAUGCUGCUAAUACCACUACUGAUAUUACUGAAAAUUAA